CGAUUGGCCGAUCCCCGACCCAGCUUCCUACUACGUCACUCGUUAGCGUAGUUCGAUUCGGUUUAAUAAACCCAUUCUCAUUGAACUGGAGUCCCACUGUAGCGUACUAUCCUUCCGUAUUUCGUCUCAACUACCGUACACGUAAUUUGUAACUUGAAAAUGGCCCAAUGCGUAGAGUCGUCUACGGACCUUGCAAUGAAAACAGAAGAACAGACUGAAAGGAAGGUGGCCGUCAUCACCGGCAUCACUGGACAGGAUGGCUCCUACCUGGCUGAGUUCCUGUUGGAGAAGGAUACACGGUCCACGGCGUGUUACGGAGGUCCAGCUCCUUCAACACAGGACGCAUCGAACAUCUCUACAAGAACCGGCGCACCCACUUGGAAGGCGACAUGAAGUUGCAUUAUGGUGACGCUGACGGACAGUACCUG